UGUGUGCACCGCCAUUAACAUAUGUUCAAGCCGCGGCUAUACUUCAGUUUUCUACUCUCAAUUAUUGACAGAUCAAUUCUUCAUAUAGCAGAUCACCCUCAUCAUAUUAUUGAAUGGGAUGUCAGCCUUCAAACUGGGUAUAGUUCGCCUCGGUAAAGCGGCAGGAAAGACCAAGUAUAUAAUAGUGGAUGAAAGAGACAUAUUAAUGGUGGACGAUUUUGGAUUUGAGGCUCGUGUGGAGGUCGACCGUGAUGGAAAUGGAGCAGACAUUUAUGCAUACGCCUACGAUAUUAAAAAGGGACGAAACUCAGGACAGUAUUUACACGAGUUGCUGUGGGAGAAGCACUGUGGUGGUAUUGCACCAGGCUGGAAAGUCAUCCAUAAAAAUGGUGUCUCCGUCGACAACCGGUUAGAGAAUCUCUCGCUCGUUCCUAUUACCCAGAAUUCCCAACUUUGUGAUGAACCGUCAAAUAAGUCCAAUCGAGAGCAGAGCGUUUAUUGGUUGGCAAUACAACAGUUACCCACAGAUCCCUUAGCACAGCACUAUCCAGAAUUCAAUCAUGGCCGGUAUUAUAAUGCAAAUGGCGAAAUUGUUGAAGAAGAUGACAGUAAUAUGUAUUACGAAUGCCAUUACCCACCAUGUACCAAUAUGGAGAAAGAAUUACGAGAGUUUAGUAUAUGUGGGAGGUGCCAGGAAGUAAGAUACUGUGGAACAUACUGCCAACAAAAAGACUGGCCCGUGCACAAGAAAUAUUGUCGGGAGCGAAAACGGCCAUACAAUGGAGAGCAUCCGCCUGAAAGAUAAGACGUUCGCCGCUAGUCCUAUAAACUGUUUUGUAAAUAAAAGAAUAUUGAGACUAUUGAAGUGACUUUGUUGUGCUCGGGUUGAAUAGACAUAUUCGAUAUUGAUCAAUUUGGAAGUGAAAAGCCCACAUUGGGACUCUUUGUAAUGUUAUUAUAGUCAGCUAUGUUUUUACUUAAAGACACCGGUUCCCAAAGUUGAUAACAUAAAAAUGUAGAUCUCAACAGUGUUGUGCAUGUAAGGACUGAUUUUACAGUAUCAGGUGAUUUCAGAUAUCAGAUCAUGCUAUGUUUUUGUCAGGUAUCGGUUUCAGAUCAAACCGUCUGAAGAGUUGAAAACUUGCAUGAGAUGUGCAUGUGUUAUAAUGCAUUGUUUUCUUACGCUAUGUAAUUUGUAUGUUUUCAUACAUCAUAGAAAAGCAUAACUGCCCCCUAUUGGUGGGGCUGUCUUUAAAAUAUGUUAAUCUUACUCUAUGGUGGGUUGUUCGAAGAGGUUGGUGCAUAGACAAUUUUACAACUAAAGAGUUUUCUUUAAAGAGGAAGAGCUUUGAUAAAGUAUGUAAAAAGCCUUUGGGAAGGCCAGGAAUCGUUUAUGCAGGGUUGGUAGUUACUCAAAACAAAACGCAAUCUUUAGAGUUCCCUAAAAUGCCAACCCUCUUGGUUGAGUUGAUAUAUCCCUUUGCUCUAAGAACUAGGCUAAUGUAUUCCCAUUUGGAAUGAUGAAAAGGGAUAUCAAUGACCUCAAGCCUGGUCUAUCUCUUUUCUUAAUCAUGUGCUAUUUUCGAAGGUAUUUUGGGACGUAAUAAGGUUUCUGCAUUUAUUGCUUUCACUCUUGGAUAAAAUAGAUCAUUAAUCAAGAGAGAAGUGGAGAAUGGUACACUUACCAGUCUAAAGCAUCAAUGGCAUAUAGGGGGAAGAGGCAAUUGUAAGGGUUGUGAGACACAGAGUUUAUUUAAUAGUCCUUCAUUCAAAAUCAGGCCCCAAUUCACUCAAUCAGUGUUUAAACUCAACUGAGCAAUAUCUCUGUCAGUAAGCUUCUUGCAAUGGUACUGUUCAGAAACGCAAACAUCACUGCUAAUGCUGAUCGAGUAACUUGGCCCUGUGCCUUUAGUGUAUUUUCAUUUUAAACAUUCUGUACUUAAAUAUGAUUUGAAAAGUGUAAUUGCUAAAUGUUUAAAGAGCAGAGACUGCUGCAGUCAUUUCAGUGGUUUUUAAUCAGCUAGAAUUGGAGAGUACUGGUUGAGGGAAGUUACGUAUCCAUUAAGAAGAAACCACAAGUUAAGAAUACUGUUUUUGUAAAACCAGAUGCUAGUUAAGUAACAUGUUUUCAUAUGUAAGAUGGAUGGUUCAGUUCAGGGCAACGUCAGAGACAAAUAAGUCAUCUAGCAAGUCUACUGUUGCCCACGAUCAGUUUAAUCGGUCUAAAGAAGAGAUAUACAGGUUUCUGAUAUCAGCAGAACUUUUGUAAAGAAGAAAUGAAUCACUAUUUAGAAUCAUUACAGA